AGUCAUUUAUGAUGUUAGCCAUUACUCUCUGAGCUCCCGUUCCCUUCGCUUCCCUCCCAAAAGUUCAGUCGGCGGAUCGUUUGGAGAGCGACAGGAUGGCUCCUCUGACCGGCUCGGCUGCGCACAAACAGACGCUCCUGUGGCUCAUCAUAGCGUCUCAGUGUGUGUCGGCGCUGGCGUGCGGCCCCGAAUAUGAAAACGCCAUUGAGGAGAUCUGCCUCGCCAUAUUCAGGCAGGACAUGCAGGAGCUGGAUCAGAGACGCUGGUGUAGCUGGGAGGACACAGUCGAACUCUACGGAGCGCUGACCAACUGCACGUUCCUGGUGGCUUCGACGAUGGACUGCUUCUGGCCCAACCGGCUGGUGGACGAGUUCUUCAUCCGAGUCCACAGGCACUAUUUCCACGACUGCUCUCUGUCUGGACGGCUUCUCAGGGACCCUCCAAACCGCAUCCUGGGUCCCUUCAUUGUCGUGCCCAUCCUGGUCACCCUCCUAAUGACAGCCCUGGUGGUGUGGAGGAGCAAACGCAGUGAGGGGAUUGUGUAGUGAAAGGGAAGGAAGGGGGGCCGAGGUCAUGAGACUCAAGACAAGAGGUACUUUUUGUCCCGUAGGUAACACCAUUCUCACCUUCAGCGACCAAAUGAUCUCUUCUUCUGAGUGUUGACAUUUGGGGAAAACGUUCUCAAAAGGACAAGAAUGACUACAUUACUGACCGGGAUGGGGUGCUGAAUGCAACCGAAAACCAGAUCUUGCUCCAGUGUGAAGCCUUUGCAGCGCCCAUUUAUUGACACCGUCUACAUGGACUGAAAUUUCUUUGGUUUACAGAACGUUGGGUUUUUGAAACGCUCACCUGAAUCUGAUCCGGACCGGAAUAGUGACUGGUAAAAAAAGAUAUUGUACAUAUAAAAAUCACUUUAUAGAGAGAAACUGCUUGCAAAACAAAUUGGGAUGCGAUGGUUAUGCUAUUACACACACAAGAUUUUAACAACUAUUUUUGGAAACCAUGAAUAUAACAUCACCUUCCACAGCAGACGGCUCAACAGGAAUGAAACUCACGGCUUACUUGGUGAGGACUCAGCAGGACAGAUGCUCAGACCAAUCUAAGGGGAACCCAGGGAUAUGAAUUUUUCUGUGUGCAGACAUACAGCAUACAUGUAAAUAUACACAGUAUGUACAAUGUGAGAUUCAUCUGUCAGUGGAUUGUACGGUCAAGACAACAAAUCACAAAAUUAAUGUCUCUCAGUUGCAAAUGUUGGGAUUUCAUGUGCUGAUUUUGACAGAUGUGUAUUAUAUUUGGAUCAUUCAGUAUCACACAGAUAGCUCACUGUCAAAACAAAAAACACAAUAUCAAGGGAUUGGAAUUAGUUUUCAUUUCCUUUUCUCUGCUUAUAUCCAU